UUCGUUUAAUGUUACGUACAACUAACAACGUAUGUUAGUAAACGACGCCUGAAAUAGAAAACACAAAAUUCAAGUACAAACAUCCAAUAGGCAACAACAGAACGACCGCUGUCCUCUAAUUGAAAAUUUUCAAAUUUUCUUCAAUGCUUUAGUGUAGUCAAAUUAUUAAAAUGACAUUUUUGAGACAUUUUAUUCGUCUACAACAACAACAUCAAAAAUCACAAUGGAUGCCAUUGAUGAUGAACCGAUGUCAAUUUCAUAGCUAUACAAAUGAACCUACACAUCCGAUACCUGGACGGCAUCCGAAAAUGAUGACCGCCGAUGAAGCUGUAUCCGUUGUUAAAUCUGGUGAUCAUGUAUUUAUCCAUGGUGCUGCUGCAACACCAAGAGCACUUGUACCUGCAUUGGCUGAACAUGGUAAAAAGAAUAAAUUGAAAGAUGUUCGUGUCCAUCAUAUACAUACAGAAGGUGCUGGCGAAUACAAUGCUCCUGAAUUUGAAGGAAUAUUCCGUUCCAAUUCAUUAUUCACUGGUGCUAAUUCACGUGAGGCGAUCAAUUCUGGCCGUGCUGAUUUCACUCCAAUUUUUCUGGGUGAAAUUCCAAAACUUUUUUAUCGAGGUAUAAUCCAACCUGAUGUUGCUAUGGUAUCUAUUUCACCGGCUGAUGAACAUGGCUAUCAUUCAUUGGGAACUUCAUGCGAUGUUGCACGUGCUGCAUUGAUGCAUUCAAAACAUAUUAUCGGUCAGGUGAACAAACAUAUGCCACGAACAUUUGGCCAUUCAAUCGUACAUACAUCACAUUUCGAUUCUUUGGUUGAUGGACCGAUUCCAUUGCCGGAUCAUGCACCGAAAAACUUGACAGAUACAGAGAAAAAAAUUGGACAAUUAAUUGCCGCUAAUCUUGUGGAAGAUGGUGCUACUAUGCAGAUGGGUAUCGGUGCCAUUCCGGACGCUGUACUAGCCGAUUUGGUCAAUCACAAAAAUCUUGGCAUCCAUUCAGAAAUGUUUUCUGAUGGCGUUGUCGAUCUAUGUAACAAAGGCGUAAUUACUAAUUCUGAAAAGAAAUUACAAACUGGACGAAUAACGGCAUCGUUUCUGAUUGGAUCGAAAAAAUUAUACCAAUUUGUGGAUAACAAUCCUUUCGUUGUGAUGAUGGGAAUCGAUUAUGUUAAUGAUGAAUUCAACAUUGCCCAAAAUCCCAAAGUGACUGCCAUCAAUUCGUGUAUUGAAGUCGAUAUCCUUGGUCAGGUUUGUGCUGAUUCCAUCGGCACACGUGUAUAUUCAGGUUUUGGAGGUCAAGUUGACUUUUUACGUGGUGCUGCCAAAGGUUUAGAUGGUAAAGGAAAAGCUAUUCUUGCUAUGUCUUCGGUUACUAGAAAAAAUGAAUCAAAAAUCUGCAUUAACCUAAAACCUGGUGCUAGUAUUGUAACCACUCGUGCUCAUAUGCAUUAUUUGGUCACGGAAUAUGGCAUAGCUCAUCUCUUUGGUAAGAAUUAUCGACAACGUGCCCAUGCCCUCAUACAGAUUGCACAUCCGGAUCAUCGUGAAGCCCUAGAACGUGGUGCAUUCGAACGACUCAAAUGUAUGCCAUCGCCAGAUUAAACAAAAAAAAAUUUCAAGGAAUUGAGCAGGUCAACGUUGGAAAAAUUACAUUUGAAAACAGAUCCGUUACAUUUAUUAUAAUGUUUAGUACAUUUUUGAAUUCUCACGUUAACUAACUAUAUGUGUACAGUAUUUUAGUAAUUUUAACAUGUCAAAACAACUAACGAAAAAGAAAAACAAAAAUGAAUUGUGCAAUUUGUCUGCCUCUGUUUUCAUCCCGUUAAAAAAAAUAAAAAUCUGAUCUGAUUUUGAUAUUUAUCUUAA